CCCCCACACACCCCCCACCCCCACCCCGCCCCCUCUCCCGCGCCCUGCUUGUGCGUAAACGCCGCUAAAAUAGUUUUAGGUGGCGCGUGAAGCCACUUGGGGCGCAUCCACCUUUGGGUUCAUUCAUGUUAUUUAGUCGCAACACUUCCACGUCUGGCUGAUGUGCACGGGAAUACAGCAACGGCACUCCGACCUCUUCCGCAUAUUGGAUUUCAAUGCAAAGAGAAGGUCGCCAACGUCCCCUUAAGGAUACGAGGAAAUGAAGACUGACGCGGACUCUGUACGCUCUUUUCUUUUUCACUUUUGAAACGUUUUCCUGCGUCGUUUUGUUUUGAUGAAGGGAUUGUGAUCAACUCGCGAGGCGUUCGCUCCAUGUGCGGGAUUAGUCGUUGCCCUGCGCGCAUCAGAGAUCAGUCGAGUUCUGGAUAAGCCCGCGCGUUGUGCAGCGCACCGAUUCGAUCAUAAUGUAUUUGAUUUAAGACAAACACCCCCGUCUAUGUAAAAAAAAAAAAGGAAAAAGGAAAAAAGCGCCACAUUUACGCCGGUAUGUCGAACGAGUGCAACCGCCACAUUGUGGAAAAGUACAUCUGCCAUAAACUCUCCAAACGAGGCUACGCGUUCGGAUUCGAUGACGUCGGGGAGGAAGACGCAGCCAGCAACGGCUCGAUGGUUGUCCCGCCGCCGACCGCGGUCCGCCGGUGCCGCGAAGCCGGGCCCGACGGCGAGAGCUUCCCGCGCCUCUGCAAACGGCUGCCGCAGUCCGACCCGACCGCCGCCGCCACGCACCGGGUCCUGCGCGAGGCUGGAGACGAACUCGAGCGGCUGUACCAGCCGGACUUCACGGAGAUGUCGCGGCAGCUGUACCUCACCUCCACCACGGCGCAGAGGCGGUUCGCCGAGGUGAUAGACGAGCUGUUCCGGGACGGGGUGAACUGGGGCCGCAUCAUCGCUUUCUUCGAGUUCGGCGGGACGGUGUGCGCGGAGUGCGUGGCCAAGGAGGAGAUGGCGUCGCAGGUGGACAACAUCGCGGAGUGGAUGACGGAGUAUUUGAAUGGACCUCUGAACAUCUGGAUACAAGAUAACGGGGGAUGGGACGCCUUUGUGGAGCUGUACGACCGGCAGAGGGACUCCCUCUUCAGCAGCUCCUGGCCCUCCAUCAGGGCCGUCUUCGGUCUGGCUGCUCUCGGGGCCGCCAGCCUCACCAUCGGCGCGUACCUCACGCAGAAGUGAACGCGCCCCUCUUCCCUCCUCCCUGCCCCCUUUUUCCAUUUUACAGGUUCCCACUGACCCCCCGCGGAGACCACCUUCAGACUCUCUCCAAUCGUGCUCUCUUCAAAGCCCCCCUCCCCGCCUUCAGAAAACUCCCUCCUCCUCACCCCGUGUCAAAACGGACCCAAAUCAAACCGGUUCGUUGCAGUCGCGCCGAGCUGAGCAAACGGCGGAGGAGGAAGGAGGCGGCAUCACUGGCCUGCAUCUCCUCCCUCUUGUUUUUGUUGUUCUGCCUGCUUCUGUACCAGUUAUAGCAUGAAUGUUGAGCGUUAGAGUAGACGUUGCAUGUGUCAGGAGGCCUCGACAGUGGAGGGUGCACGGACAAUGAUGCCCCACGCCGGAAAGGCCACAGCCCCGCCCCUGCUUGUUAGGGUGAAGAUCCCCGUUUGAACUAUGGAUGUGGGUUAACCCGCCACCCCCCCCCCCACCCACCCACACUCACUCCUCCACAGCCGUCCUUCAAAGGACUUCCUCCUCAGAAUGUUUAAUGGAAGCGGCUCGCUAGGACCAGCGUGGCUCGUGUCUUCUGCUUUCACUCCUCAGCUCAAGUCAUCUCUGAACGCGCUCCACCAUUACGCUCCCAGCGGCCCCCGAGGGCCAAGACUGAGCCCCCUCAUCUCUCCUCUACAGCCCGACAGCUCCUCAAUCCUGAUCUGUGUGGGGGUUUUUUUUGUUAUUUUUGCAGCACGCCAAGUCCCCAAAGUGUGUUGUUUUAUCACAGAAAAAAGAAGGAAAAAAAAGAAGCACAACAAGCACGACAAUAAAUUCACGAGUUGAUGAACAUAUUGAGCACAGCGUAAAAGUAACAACGCCUUUUACGGUUUUAAAUGUGCGAGGCCACUGGACAGGAAUCCCUCGGCUUGGUGAAGCACCAUCACGGCUCACAUAUCCGCACCAAGGAGCUCCACGGAAGGCCGGCCGCUCUUUUCGAAUUCCCACCAGCCGGAACCAGUCCGCUGGUGGGAAGAUUCCUUGGGCUCACCUGGGCUUCGGAGCAGACUCGCUCAGCAUGUGUCCUCCAGCUGCUGGAGUCCGCUCUGACAAAAGGGGCACGUGUUUGACGUGGACGGAGUAAAAGUCGGCGUGGACGACCAGCAGCAGGUCUCAGUUUAGGACUAAAGCCGGCGCGUCCCGCGUGCUGGAACCCGAGACGUCCCCUCGCUCCGGCCCGCUGACGCAGUCGCUCAUCGAUUCGGCUCAUUGAUGUUAGUCUUGUGUUACAGUCGGAUAGAAGAUCUGGAAGUGCUUAUAAGCUACGAAAUAUUUUGGAUUAUAUUUUGCAAUGUUUUUUCCUCUCUUUCUUUCCUCGGUCAUUAAAGAUGUUCAACUUCUUUGUUGCAUGUACGGAAGACAGGUCUGUCUUCACACAACAAAAAUGUGUCACCGUGUUUAUAACAGAAUAGGGUAGCAUAUAAAACACAAAUAACAGGAGCUGCAUUCUUCUAUUUAUUGAGAGGUACCUGAUCACAGAUUUAUUAUCAGUACUUUAACAAAAAAUUGUUUUCACUUUUUCUAUUCUACGGAAUCACACUGUAAUUUUUUUUCCUGGCUGCUAUUAUAACAAGGUGAUUUUUGUGUCGUAUUAACUAUGGCUUAAGGCUGCUGUACUGUUGAUUUUACUCUCACUCACAGCUUGAACUGCCACAGAUUUACAGUAAUGUUCUAGAGAGCUGGAAACCAAAGUUAACUUGUAUUGAUCUUUAAUUUCAAUUUCAACUAAAAGUAGCUUAAAGAGAAUAGCCGUGAUCCCACCGGAGGUCGUUUGUCUCGUGUUACUGUGCUAUCCGCUUAACUUUAGUCAACUCAGUGCUUCUCUGUAAACUGUGGACCUGCCGGACUCAAACACAGCCUCAGUUGGCCCCACAAACCACAUUUCCCAUUACAGCAGCUCACAGUGUGUGAAAUAUUUCUAGUGGUGUGUGUGUGUGUGUGUUUGUUUGUGCGCGUGUGUGUAAGAGGGCAUCACAAGGUGAUUUAUGAGCAGUGAACGGCUCAACAGCAAUAUACUGUCAUUUUUAUAUUUUCUGUGCAUUUACGAAUGUAGGCGCCACGUUGCUGUACUGUUUUAUGUAUAAUCAAACCUGUAGCACUUAAAAAAAGAAAGAAAAAAAAGAAAGUGAAUUGUGUUUCUGUUGUUUACUGCUUUAAUCCACAAUAAGCUAGCAGGAUCAUAUUGUUCCUAAUAAACCGGAUUUCUCAAGCA